GAGGUUUGAAGUUAGUUGGUAUAAAAAACUCAAAACGGAUUUCUCUCUCUCUCUCUCUGUUCAACGCUACGUCUCUGAAGUCUGAACCCCCGAAGAGAAAAUUGGACCACGCCGCCACAACUACAUUCUCAGCACAGCGAUUCUCUGCCGUUCGAUUGCUUCGGUAACUCAAACUCGAAAUUGGGUCUCCAACAACUCAAGAAACUAGUUUUCCCUGGAGUUUCAGCUCUAGGCCUCGCUCCCUCACCGACCCUCUGCUCUAGCUUCUUAUUCAGAUAUGGAUGUGGAAGUUGAUCACUAUGUUAUUCUUGGGUUGCCUUCUGGUGAGGAAGGUGCUAAGCUGAGUGCGGAUGAUAUUAGAAAGGGGUACAGAUCGAAGGCUUUGGAGAAGCACCCGGAUAAGAGGCCUGGUGAUAAACAAGCCCUUGCUGAUUUCCAGAGGCUUCAGUCAUCGUAUGAGAUUCUCAAGGAUGAGAAAGCCAGGAAACUGUUUGAUGAUCUUCUUCGAGUUAAGCGUGAGCAGCAACGUAGGAAGGCAGAGCUUGAUUCCAGGCGUGGUUCCAAGCGACAGAAGAUGGUUUCGGACCUUGAAGAAAGGGAACGAGCCGCAUUUGCUCCUGACCCGGAAGCCAAAGCACGAGAAGAUGAGGAGAGAAUUGCUAGGAAGUUGAAAGAAGAGAUUGCGCGAAUACGUGCAAUGCAUGCAAAUAAAGGGGCGAAUAUGGGAUCAAAUAUUUGGAGGGAGUCAGCAGGAGUUGGAAAGGAGAGUACGAGUAGUGCCGGGGCUUCCACAAUGGAUAAGGAGAAGAUGCUUAAAGUUUCAUGGGAGAAGGUUGGGGAAGACUAUACGGCCGAGAAGUUGAGAGAGUUGUUUUCAAAGUUUGGAGAGGUGGAAGAUGUUGUCAUUAAGAGUUCAAAGAAAAAGGGUUCAGCACUUGUGGUGAUGGCGGCUAAAGAAGGAGCGGUUGCUGCUACGGGAAGUGUAUGUGGUCAUCUUUCUAAUCCAUUGCUAGUUUUGCCUCUUCAUCCUCCAAUGGCUGCAGAGACUCUGAGUUCUCCCCCAAGAUCUGUGGAGCCUAAACUAAAUAAUUUGGUUGGGGCUGGUUAUACUGCAUUUGAAGAUUCUGUUUUAAUGAAACUCCGGAAGGCUGCAGAAAAGCAAAAAUAGGAAAUGCAGAACAUCAAAGGAAGAGGUUCCUGUGACUCAUGCUCUCCCUGAAUUCUAACACUUACCUGAUGUAAUAAUGUAAGAAGAGAUCCAUAUAUUUUCGCAAAAAAAGAAAAAAGAUCCAUAUAUUUAAAUCUCAUUAGUGUCACUUCUAUGUCAGUUUUCCCCGUUUUAUUUCUUUGUGGAAAUACUAGCUCAGCAUCUGCUUAAAGCUCUUGACUGGUUUACUGACUCCAAUUGGGGGGCACCAUAUGUAUGUUAUGGGUGUUGUCCAUAUGACAAGUACCCUUUAUUUUCAUCUUACUGGAUAUGCUUGGCGCUUGCUAAGGGCUUAAAAGGGAUUGGGAUUUGUAUUUCUUUGAACAAUAUUUAUGUUAUUUUGUAAAUGUUGGAAUAGGAAAACUUAUUUUGCCAGGCU